CGCCAUAUAUCAUAUUAUCGCCAAGUUCCCGCCAUUUCUGGCCAAAACCUCCGAAACCUCGGCUGAAGAAUUACGGAUUCCCAUCAAUGUUGUGCGCAAAUUGUACGUUCCAACGGGCAACCUUAGCUCCUCUCCCGCAGGAACCCAGCGGACGACCCUCAAUUUCGUCGAAUUCCGGCCUUCAUCAUUGGAACCCCAGGCUGCCCCCUUCUCAGGUCAAAACCCUAAAGUUGUUGGGACACCGGGGCUUCAAGGUCGGGGCCUCCGUCGGCAGCGAUGGUGGUGGAACCGAGAACUGGGUCAACCGAUUGCCCAUCAUUUCUCUCGGACCUGAUAAGGUUUUCCGGUUGAUAGCGAACGCGACCGCCAGCCCCAUUUGCCAGUUCGUGCCCUCGCCCGGGACGUUCUUGCAUUCGGUCGACCCGAGAAUCAAACUGGUAUGGGUUGUGGCUCUUGUCGUUUUGCCUGCUCGGUCCCACAUAAUGAUGCGCUUUGGAUUAGUCGUGUACUUGGCUUUCCUUUCGAUAUGGAUCCUCCCUAGACAUUUAUGGAUGGAUCAACUGGGAAGGGUAUCCUUGCUCUCGGGUAUUCUUUUCAUCAUGUUGGGUCUGGGAUCGGAUGGUGCGCCUGCUCUUGUCCAAUCAAAAACUCCACCAGCUGCCAUGAUGGGACUCCCUAGUCUUCCUGCAUCUUUCAUGAGUUACUCUUACCUGAUUAUGAAGCUCGGACCACUUCAGUUUACGAGGAAGGGCUUGUCGGUUGCUAGCACAGCAGCAUGCUUAACUUUCACUAUCUUCCAAAGUGCAAGCCUUUGCCUGACAACCACAUCACCUGAGCAACUAGCAUUUGCUUUAAGAUGGUACUUGAUCCCACUAACAUACGUUGGCGUACCAGUGGAUGAAAUUAUUCUGACCUUGUUACUCUCCUUGAGAUUCAUCCAUAUAGUUUUUGAUGAGUUAAGAAAUGUUGCACUGGGGAUCGUCUCUCGUAGGAUAAAUUGGGUUCAGCUAACCAUGAUGGAGACAAUUGAUAUAUUCAUUGGCUAUAUCCAGCGGAUCUUCAAAAAUAUAUUUAACCAUGCAGAGCAGAUCUCUCAGGCGAUGAUUGUCAGAGGCUUUAGGGGGAACAGCUGCAGUCACAAGAUCUACUUUCUGUCUGGCUCAUCGAAUGCUACAUCCAAUGUCAUCUCCUUGGUGUGCUUGGCAGGCCUUGUAGGCGCUUCGAUCUUGUCAGAGUACAUCUUUGUUUGACUUGCGGAUUCAUCCGUGUAUUCUUUAGCGGGGAUAAAGGCCAAAACAAAAAAGGGUUUGACCCCGAUUGUAUAUUGAUAUCGAUUGAGAUUCUGCGAUCCACCUGGUUCAUACUUUACAGAAGAAGAUUGAUCACAUGAGUACAUGGAAAUAAUAUUAUGGUCCCUUCCUGGAUGAUCUUUUGGUCCCUUUGAGCCGUUAGAUUCUCACGAAACUCCAUCCCCUGGUGCUGAGUUGACGGACCAGAGGGAUCAAGUGACCGUUCAAGGGAAGAGAUCGGAUAAGUUUUCUCGUACAUACUAUGCAUGCCUAUCUGGCAGACACAAACCUGAGACAUUGUACUAUAAUGCUGUUCUUAUCGAACACCAAUGAUACUGUUUUCAAGUACUUCCAGGAGAAGCUUUUAGAUAGUGCAAAUUAUACGCAAAGUCCGCCUAUCCCGGGAAGUUAACACCA